AUGGCUGUUGAUGUCGUACCUCUUACCGAGGCAGAUAUCCCCGGUGCUAUUGAAGUAAUUCAACGGGCAUUUGCAGACGAUCCCUACUUCAAGUGGGUCUUCGAUUCAUCCAAGUUCAACAAGCAAAGAAACUACGAUUCCCUCGCAGCACGCUGCCACUGGGGAAUCAAGAAUGCACUAUUCUACGUCGCAAAAGAAAUCCAAGACAUCGACUCCAAAUCCCACAGAACCCCACUAACCCCAACCCCAAUCCUCGGCGUCUCCUGCUGGCUAGCGCCCCACCCGUCCACGCAACCAGAGAGCUGGUACUCCUGGUUCCAAUCAUGGACCCUGUCCUUCAGACAGAUGCUCAACAAUAUCCGGUACUUUGGUCGCGGCGGGCUGUGCGCGAACAGGUACUGGAUCUGGAAACAGCGGCAGGCCGAGGCGCAGGCUGCUAUCUGGGAUGAUCCGCGCGGGUACUAUUUCUGCAAUAUUGUUGCUGUUAGCCCUGAAGCGCAGGGGAUGGGUGUCGGUAGGUUGUUGUUUGAGGCUGUUACGAAAAAGGCAGAUGAUGAGGGAGUCAAGUGUUAUCUCGAGAGCUCGAAGAGUGUGCCCAAUGUGGCGAUCUAUGAGCGUAUGGGCUUUCACAUGAGUAAGGAGAUGGAGUGUCGAGAUGGGGCGGAUGCUUGCAUGUUGUACUGCAUGGUCCGGGAUCCGAGGACGGAGUGA